AUGACAAUCAUAAUUCAGGGCGACAAUGAAUUUGCCAGUUAUAAGCAGUUGGAAUAUUCAAUACCAUUUCAGGGUUAUCGACGAUGGGUAGCAUUUGCUUAUAUGGGUGUUAAUGCUAUUGGAUUCGCUGCUAAUUUCUGGGUAUUAUACACUGUUGCACCAUUGCUUUUUUCCGCCACUGUUAAAGUACCAAAGAGUAUUCUAUUUUAUAUCAUAACAUUAUGCAUUUCUGACCUAAUGAUAAUGAUUGGAAUGCUUUUUCUAAUAAUCGAUAUAGUUGUUGGUACAUGGAAAUUUAGCACAUUCUCAUGCGUGGUAUAUCUUGUCUUCGAAGCAAUGAAUAAAUUUGUUGCACCUGUAAUUGUGGUACUAAUCAGUCGGACAUGCUAUGUUACGGUAUGUCUCGAUCCAAAAAGUCGACGAAUAGCUGCUAGUUUAAAAUAUGCAAUAGCACAAGUAAUUGCAUCAAUGGCGCUUGUAAUGAUAAUGUUAUGGCCUGUUUUUGCAUAUAGCCAAGUAUCAACGCUUUAUUUCAAUGCUAAUAUCACCAUAAAAACUGUUAAUGUACUAAGAAAAUGUACCUUUAUGCCACCGUCUGAGAUCGAACUUGGUUUUGGUAUUGUAUCAUGUAUUGCAAGUUAUGCUAUACCAUUAGGUGGUAUGAUCUAUUGGUAUGUCUCAGUACCAUUUUUCUUAAGGCGACAUGCUGGUAAUUCACUCGCUACUAGCAAUUGUAAUGCAGCCCCAUUACGUCGACUUAUAGCAACGGUAUUAGUGCUUACCGUAAUUUAUGUAUCUUGUUGGUCACCAUAUUGGUUGAGUAUUUUUGCGCAUAAAUUUAUAAAUAGGAUGAGCCGAGCAGUUGUGAUAGCAUCAUACUACAUUCAUCUAUUACCGUAUAUAAGUUGCUCCGCAUAUCCGGUAAUAUUUACACUCCUGAAUCCGCGCAUUAAAAUGGCUCGUGCUCAAAUGCAUUGGCAUCAAAAGCGAAGAAAGUUCACAAUCGAAUCAUCCCAAGUUACCGAACAAUAUUCAAAGUAA